CACUUGCCUUUCACUAAUCGCCCGGACCGCGCUCCUUCACUGACGGACGUGCCCGCUUCAUCAUCCAAAAGCUCGGUUAUACGGUGCUCGUACUACGUAGCUCCGCAUGUGAAGAGCUGCGUACGGGGCUUCUUAUACCGUCGUGUUGGGCUCGCUACCUCUCUACAUACAUACAUAGUCUUUAUCUCACUCUACCUACCUCUACUCCACAUCCAACACUGACUGAAUCCCCGCUUCACCCCACCACAAUCACAAGUACAACCAUGGCCGAUACAACCCCCCAAGACGCCGUCACGCUGCACACGCGCGGCAAAAUCGCCAUCGUCACCCUGAACCAGCCCAAGAAACUCAACUCGAUGGGCAUGGACCUGUACUACCGGCUCGCGACGACGCUGAAUGACAUCGCGCAGCGCGACGACAUUCUCGUCACGGUGCUGACGGGGAAGGGGCGGUUCUUUUCUGCCGGCGCCGACGUAUCCCUAACGCGCGACCUCCCCCCCGAAACCGACGUGCGCCGCCACUGGCUCUCGACCUUCGUAGCAAACAACCUGCACCUAACGCGCGCCUUCUACACGCACCCGAAGAUCCUGGUAACGGCGCUCAACGGCCCCGCAGUCGGCCUCUCGGCCGCGCUGAUCGCCUUCUCGGACUUCAUAUACGCGGCGCCCCACGCGUACCUCUUGACGCCGUUUAGCUCGCUUGGCUUAGUCGCUGAGGGCGGCAGCAGCCGCGCGUUCGUGCAGCGUUUGGGCGUCGCGAAGGCGAAUGAGGCGCUGUUGAUGAGUAAGCGGAUUACGGUGGACGAGAUGCUGGCCGCGGGGUUUGUUAAUGCCGUUGUGGAUGUUGGUGCUGAGGCGGGCGGUGCAGCGGGUGGAGCAGCGGGUGGAGCAGCGGGUGAAGGGGGUGUAAAGUACGACAGCGACAAGUUCCUCGCCCGCGUCAUCGGCAUCGUGGAGGACAGGCUCGGCCCGCAUCUGAACGCAGACAGUCUGCUAGGCAUCAAGCAAUUGGUGCGGGCCCCGGAGCGCGAGUUCCUGGACCGCGCGAAUGUCGACGAGGUCUUUGCGGGCUUGGAACGCUUUGCGCGCGGCGUGCCGCAGGAAGAGUUUGCGCGGUUGAGGAGUGGCGAGAAGAGGCAUAAGCUUUAGGUUGGGUGGGGUGGGGGUGGCGGGGAGGGAAGGAGGAGAAAUGGAGUGGGGGGAGGGGGUGGUUUUGCUGCUUGUUUCUUUUAUUUCCCUUUAUUUCCUUUUCUUUCCCCUUCUUUUUUCCUUUUCUUUCUCUCUCCCCCUCUACCUUUAAGCUCUCACCAGCGCACUCCCGCGUAGGCAUAGCAUAGACUACCACCAUCUCGACGACGACGAUCAGUAGGUAUAGACGAACGAACAAUGACAACCGAACGAACAAAUCCCUUUUACCUCUUCCCUAGGUAUUAAAUCCCAAAUAAUCUAAAGCUAAACCACCCACCCGUGCAUAUCCCCUCGCCCUCCCUCUUGCAUACACGCACACACACACACACAACCAACCAAACCAGCCAUCCAUCCAUCCAUCCAUAUAUCC